CUGGAGCAGGACACUGGCAGUGUGUGAAGUGGAAGUGAAGGGAGUGAGCAGCUCUCCUUCCUUAAAGAGUAUUUCUGACGAGGAUUUCUGACCUGAAGCAGAGGGUGACCCGAGCUGCUCUGUCCCUGAAUCCAUCAUGGAACAGAUGAAUGGAUCUCUUCAGAUGGAGCAGGCACUGCUGUUCACCUUCCUGGAGGUAUCCCCUGACUGUCAGUUCAGAGAGCAGCUGAAAAGCUACAGAGAUUCCCUGCAAAAGCAACAGAUGAUAGUCUACCAAUCAAGUGAUGAUGAUGAGCUUCAGACCGAUGGCAAUCGGAGUGGCCACUUCCAGAACGGUGAGCUAGAGGAGGCUUCAACAAAUGAAGAAGUUAUCCGGAUCAUUGCUGCUCGGCUCACUCAGAUUGGAGACCAGUUUAAUGAAGAAAUCGAAGGAAGAGUAGUAGAGGACCUAGUGCAGCACUUUCGGAAUGAGGCACUGUCUAAAGAGGAGAUAGCCCUGCACAUGUCCAGGGUAGUGAAGGAGCUUCAAAGAUCCAUCCCCUUAGACAUGGCACAGGAGAAGGCCAUGUUGGUGCUAGCAAUGGUCUUAACUAAGAAAAUUUUGAAUAGAGUGCCGUCCCUUCUGCAACGUGUCUUUAAUGCCACUGUGAACUACAUGAACCAGCAGUUCCACGAGGACAUUGCUAGAAUGCUGGGUGAGUGAGCUCUCCAGCCCUGUUUGGAUUCCUGAAGGCUUUCCUUGAUGGAUGAAGAUCCAACUUGAUUUAAAUUUGGAGAUACAGCUGUGAAAGCGAUGGUGGAGCUUCAUAGAUAGGCUUUUGUAGACUAGCACAGCAGUAAUAGUAGCAUGAGCUGCCUGCCAGCUCUGCCAGUACCUGUAGGGAGUAGUGCUUGCCUCUCUCCUUUUAUUUUUUUAUUUUAGCAACAGACACCUUUGUGCAGAGACUGCCUUGUGCCUCAACAGGCCCAGUCCAGUGGGCACAGGGCCCGUCCUCUCAGUGUUUUUUUU